UUUUAUAAUCAUUUCGCUCUGGUAAUUUGUAAGAAACAUGGCUCAGAAAUUACAUUACUUCGAUCUGAAUGGAAUUGCCGAGUCUAUCAGAUAUUUGCUUCAUUACGGAGGUCAGAAGUUCGACGAUGUUAGGUACGAAGUGAAGACAUGGCCUGAUAAAAACGUCAAAGAUGUUCUGCCAUUUGGUCAACUGCCUCUGUACGAGGAGGGUAGUUCGAAGCUGACCCAGUCGUUGGCUAUCGCCCGCUAUGUCGCUCUCAAGGUGAAUCUAUUACCAUCUGACCCUUGGGACCAGGCUGUGUUGGACAGCAUUGUGUUCACAAUCUACGACUUUUGGUCAAAGGUUGUAGCAUACUUCAAGGAACAAGAUCCUAAAAAGAAAGUUGAACUGAAGAAGGAAAUCUUGGAAGAAAGUAUCGAUUUCUACUUCUCCAGGUUUGAGAAGCACUUAAAGGACAACAAGGGAUACUUCCAUGGAAAGCUGACUUGGGUCGACUUCGUGCUGAUCGGUAUUUUGGAGGCUUCGAACUUGUUCCUUGGUGUCAAUAUUGAGAAGAAAUACCCAACCGUAGAAGCGCUCAUGAAGAAAAUACUCAGUCUGCCAGGAGUCAAAGAAUACAUCGCUACCAGGAAACCUUAUGUUCUAUAAAUAAUGCAAUGUAUCAUGUAGUUGAUUUAUAAAUAAAUUUGUUUUAUUUAAAUGA